UUUUUCGUCGGUAUCUAAAGCACUCUCUCUUCCCAAGAAAAACACGCACGGCCACAAGGGGCACAGCAGUGUCCCUUCUUUUUCAUUUUUUUUUCUUCGUUUUUUGGACUAUUUUCUCUCUAUUUUCUUUUCUCGAAAUUUUGAAGGAAAAAAAAUCGACGAGAUUGAUAGUUUUCUCUUCAGAAAUGGAGAUCGGAGCCGGUCGGAUCGGUUCAUGCUCAAAAGAACACCAGAAAAUUUAUCAAGAGUGGUUUAACUUUGCCGAUUCAGAUGACGAUGGCCGCAUUACUGGAAGCGAUGCAAUAAAGUUUUUUGGUAUGUCAAAUUUACCGCGACAAGAUCUCAAGCAGGUGUGGGCGACUGCGGAUUCUAAGAGACAGGGAUAUCUUGGUUUCAAAGAAUUUGUCUUUGCUAUGCAGCUGGUUUCGCUGGUGCAAGGUGGUCGUGAAAUAUCCCAUGAUUUCCUGAAUGGUGAUGUAGACUUUGAGAAUGUCAAACCUCCUGUAAUGGAAGGUUUGGAUACACUAAUCAUGAAGAAGAAACAAUCUUCAAAGUUGACUAGCCCUGAUAGCAAUGGUAGUUCUUCAAUGCAAACAUUACCUGCAGCUCAAUGGUUUUCUUCAAAAUCAUCAAAGAAGAUAUCUUUGUCCUCUGUGACUUCAAUCAUAGAUGGUUUAAAGAGACUGUACAUUCAGAAGUUGAAGCCUUUAGAAGUUACAUAUCGUUUUAAUGAUUUUGUAUCCCCAUUGUUGACAAAUAGUGAUUUUGACGCCAAGCCAAUGGUUAUGCUUUUGGGUCAGUAUUCCACUGGGAAAACCACCUUCAUUAAACAUUUGCUUAAAAGUAGUUAUCCAGGAGCUCACAUUGGACCUGAACCAACGACUGACAGAUUUGUUGUUGUUAUGUCGGGAACAGAUGAAAGAAGUGUUCCAGGAAAUACCAUUGCUGUCCAAGCUGACAUGCCAUUCAGUGGUCUCACUACUUUUGGAACUGCUUUUUUGUCAAAGUUUGAGUGUUCUCAAAUGCCACAUCCUCUGUUGGAGCACAUAACAUUUGUAGACACUCCUGGAGUGUUGUCAGGAGAAAAACAACGAACACAACGAGCCUAUGAUUUUACAGGUGUAACAUCAUGGUUUGCUGCAAAAUGUGAUCUUAUUCUUCUGCUGUUUGAUCCUCACAAGCUAGAUGUAAGUGAUGAAUUCAAGCGCGUAAUUUAUUCUUUGCGUGGCCAUGAUGACAAGAUUCGUGUGGUUUUGAACAAGGCGGACCAAGUUGAUACUCAACAAUUGAUGAGGGUUUAUGGAGCCUUGAUGUGGUCACUGGGGAAAGUCCUUAAUACCCCUGAGGUUGUGCGCGUAUAUAUUGGAUCGUUCAAUGACAAGCCCGUAAAUGAAGCUGCCACAGGUCCAAUUGGGAAGGAGUUAUUCGAGAAAGAACAAGAAGACCUUCUUGCGGACUUGAAAGAUAUCCCAAAGAAAGCUUGUGAUCGUCGAAUAAAUGAGUUUGUGAAACGUGCUAGAGCUGCCAAGAUGCAUGCUUAUAUCGUCGGUCAUCUUAAGAAGGAAAUGCCUUCUAUGAUGGGGAAAGCAAAGGCUCAACAGAGACUAAUUGAUAAUUUGGCAGACGAAUUCGGAAAAGUUCAAAGAGAGCAUCACCUACCUCCAGGGGAUUUUCCAAAUGUGGAACACUUUAGGGAGGUUUUGAAUGGUUACAAUUUUGACAAAUUUGAGAAGCUAAAGCCUAAAAUGAUUCAAGCUGUUGAUGAUAUGUUGGGUUAUGACAUCCCACAACUGUUGAAGACCUUCAGAAAUCCCUAUGAUUAAACAAAUUGCUUGGUGUAUAUGACAUGAUGAUCAAAACUGGAUGGUUGAUCAACAAAAAUCUGAGUUCUACUUGAGCAAUAUUGUCUCAAAUUUGUUGUAGAUCAUCUGUAUUAGUUCCUAUAAUGGUUCUUUCAUGUUCACCGGAAAGUUCGAUUCAUGUUUAGAUCAUGCCAUGAUUAUAUCAAUCCGAUUUUUUAUGG